CUCGAAUCCGUACAUUCGGGUUUCCCCUUUCUUUCUUUGCCUAUAAAAUCACCCCCUUCCCACACUUGUCUUUCUCAUCUCCUUCCGUUCACUCCCUUUUCUCCAUCGUCAACAUUACGCUCACUUUGCUGUUGAAAGCCAAGUUAAAAGUUGAUAAUCCCUCUGAUUUAGUAAGAUAAGUAAAUUCGUGGUCGAUCAUGGCGGAAAAAGUUUUCACCCGCUCACACAGUUUCCGAGAGCGUCUGGAUGUUACUCUUGCAUCCCGUCGUAAUGAAACCCUAAAGGUUCUUGCAAGGAUCGAAAGCCAUGGAAAAGGAAUAUUGAAGCCUCAUCAACUCAUGGAUGCGUUUAAUGCAGUCUGCAAAGAGGAUUCCGAAUUCUAUGAUAGUUCCUUUCAUGAAGUUCUCAAAUCAACACAGGAAGCUAUAGUGUUGCCUCCAUGGGUUGCAUUUUCUAUUCGUUUGAGACCUGGUGUUUGGGAAUAUGUAAAAGUUGAUGUAAAUGCACUGAUCAUUGAAGAAUUAAGUGUUCCUGAAUAUCUUCACUUGAAAGAAGAACUCGUUGAUGGAUCCUCCCAUGACAACUUUGUACUGGAAUUGGACUUCAAACCAUUCACAGCUUCUUUCCCCCGCCCAACCCUAACCAAGUCCAUUGGAAACGGGGUUGAGUUUCUGAACAGGCAUCUCUCUGCUAAAAUGUUUCAUGACAAAAAUACCAUGAACCCUCUACUUGAUUUCCUUCGUACCCACGCCCACAAGGGAAAGACGAUGAUGCUGAAUGACAGAAUCCAAAACCUGAAUGCUCUUCAAUCUGUGUUAAGAAAGUCAUCUGAGUACCUAUCUACGCUCGAUGCCACCACUCCAUACUCUGAAUUCGAACAUAAGUUUCAAGAGAUUGGAUUGGAGAGAGGUUGGGGUGAUAAAGCAGAGGGUGUCGUGGAGAUGAUCCAUAUGCUACUUGAUCUUCUCGAAGCUCCUGAUGCAAGCACUCUCCAGAAAUUUCUUGGAAGAAUUCCUAUGGUUUUCAAUGUCGUUAUUCUUUCUCCCCAUGGUUACUUCGCUCAAGAAAACGUUUUAGGCUACCCGGAUACCGGUGGUCAAAUUGUUUACAUUCUCGAUCAAGUUCCUGCUUUAGAACAUGAGAUGCUCAAGAGGAUUAAAGAGCAAGGACUUGAUAUUGUUCCCCGUAUUCUCAUCGUGACAAGGCUCCUCCCUGACGCCGUCGGAACCACCUGCGGGCAGCGACUCGAGAAAGUGUUCGGAGCAGAGCACUCUCAUAUUCUUCGAGUUCCGUUUAGAAACGAAAAAGGUAUUCUUCGUAAAUGGAUCUCUCGCUUUGAGGUGUGGCCAUACAUCGAGAAUUUCACCGAGGAUGUCGCCAAAGAAGUCACCGCCGAGUUGCAGGCGAAACCCGAUUUGAUCAUCGGAAACUACAGUGACGGGAACCUUGUCGCCUCUUUGCUCGCUCACAAAUUGGGUGUAACUCAAUGCACAAUCGCUCAUGCCCUUGAGAAAACCAAAUACCCUGAUUCCGAUAUCUACUGGAAGAACUUCGAUGAGAAAUACCAUUUCUCCUCUCAGUUUACUGCUGAUCUUAUCGCCAUGAAUCACACCGACUUCAUCAUCACCAGUACCUUCCAAGAAAUCGCCGGAAGUAAGGACACAGUUGGACAGUAUGAGAGCCAUACAGCUUUCACAAUGCCGGGAUUAUACAGAGUCGUCCAUGGAAUCGACGUCUUUGACCCUAAAUUCAACAUCGUUUCACCCGGUGCUGAUAUGGGGAUCUACUACUCUUACACUGAGAAAGAAAAGAGGCUCACAUCACUCCACCCUGAAAUCGACGAUCUCCUCUUCAGUUCCGUCGAGAACGAAGAACACUUAUGUGUGUUGAAAGACAAAAACAAGCCGAUUCUGUUCACAAUGGCUCGACUGGAUAAUGUGAAGAACUUGACCGGACUUGUUGAGUGGUAUGCGAAAAACGAUCGGCUUCGUGAGCUGGUGAAUCUGGUGGUGGUCGGCGGUGACCGGAGGAAGGAAUCGAAGGAUCUGGAAGAGCAAGCUCAGAUGAAGAAGAUGUACGAUUUAAUCGAGGAGUACAAGUUAAAUGGUCAGUUUAGAUGGAUUUCUUCACAGAUGAACCGGGUUCGAAACGGCGAGUUGUAUCGUGUGAUUGCUGAUACGAGAGGCGCUUUUAUUCAGCCGGCGUUUUAUGAAGCCUUUGGGUUGACGGUGGUGGAGGCCAUGGCGUGUGGGCUGCCGACGUUUGCAACGCUUCACGGUGGUCCGGCGGAAAUCAUCGUUGAUGGAAAAUCCGGGUUUCAUAUCGACCCGUAUCAUGGAGACCAGGUGACCGAGCUUCUUGUCAAGUUCUUUGAGAAGACAAAAGCUGACCCUUCUCACUGGGAUGCCAUUUCCAAGGGUUCGGAGCAGCGAAUUCAGGAGAAAUACACGUGGCAGAUAUACUCAGAUAGGCUAUUGACGCUUGCUGGAGUUUAUGGAUUCUGGAAACACGUGUCGAAGCUUGACAGGCUUGAGAUUCGUCGCUAUCUUGAAAUGUUUUUUGCUCUAAAAUAUCGCAAUUUGGCUGAAUCUGUGCCGUUGGCUGUUGAUGAGUAAGUGAAGGAGGAAUCAUCUGGUGGUGAAGCGGUUUGAGGAGUUGUGCUCCACACAUAUUUUAGAUAUAAAUAUUUCUGAAAAAUAAAUAAAGUGAAGAGAGUAUUUUAAAAGGCUUUUUGUUUUUUUUGCUUUCGCCAUUGUGUGUGUGUGUGUGUUUAAUUUGCCUCAUUCCUAUUUCAUUGCCAACCAUUUGUGUAAUUCACUCCUGCCUUUUGCAUUGGCCUUAAAUUUGUACUUUUAAUGAAUAUUUUUUGUUCACUUUUAUAUUAUGUGUAUACUAGAUUAUAUAUCUAUAUCCAAUGUGUGUGUGUGUGACAGUUGGAAGUAGGGACCAAGUUUGGAG